AUGGCUGAAGAAAUGCAACAAAUCUUCACGGAAGAUGCCCCAUAUCCAGCUGGCCCCUAUUCCCAGGCCAUCAAGACAGCCAACAACAUCUACUGCUCAGGUCAGAUUCCGUGUGAUACGAGUGGCACUAUCCUUGACCUCUCGACUUCAAAUAUCGGUCAAAUGACGGAAGUUUGCAUUCAGAACCUUAGUGCUGUACUCAUUGCAGCUAACUCGAGUCUCGAACGCGUCGUCAAAGUCAAUGUUUUUAUCACCACCAUGGAUCAUUUCAAUGAGAUGAAUGCAACGUAUGAAAAGUGGUUCAAGCAUAGACCAGCGCGUAGCUGUGUGGCUGUUGCGCAGCUACCGAAAGGUGUACCAGUCGAGAUUGAAUGUAUUGCCCUAGCUUGA